GAGGAAGUAACAGAAAAGGUAGAGAUAAAGAAACCAAAGAAGAAGAAACCUGUAGUGGAAGAGGCUGCCGAGGAAAUUACUAUUAAAAAACCAAUUCCUGUAGAAAAGGAAGAGGAGGAAAUUGUAGAAGAAGUGACACUAAAGAAAAAGAAACCAAAGGAGAAACCUGUUCCUGAGGAAGUGACUGAAGAAGUUACUCUAAAACCAGUUCCAAAGGAUGAAGAAAAAGUUCCGGAAGAAGUGACAGAGAAAGUGGAGGUAAAGAAACCAAAGAAGAAGAAGUCAGUGGUGGAAGAAGCCGCUGAUGAGGUCACUAUCAAGAAACCAGUUCCUGUGGAGAAAGAAGAGGAAGAGAUCGUAGAGGAAGUAACUUUAAAGAAGAAGAAACCGAAGGAGAAACCGGUCCCAGAAGAAGUGUCUGAAGAGGUGACAUUGAAGAAACCAGUACCAAAAGAGGAAGAAAAGGCGCCAGAGGAAGUAAGCGAGAAAGUAGAGGUGAAGAAACCAAAGAAAAAGAAGCCGGUAGUCGAAGAAGAAGCUGCCGAGGUGACCAUCAAGAAAUUAGUUCCCACAGAAGCCGAGGAAGCUCCCGAAGAAUUUACCAUCAAGAAGAAAAAGAAGCCAGAAAAGAAACCAACGCCGGUCACGGAAGAGAUCGAAGAGGCUGCGGUGACCAUAAAGAAAGUUCGCGCUCCUGAAGAACCUAAAGAAGAGGAAGAAGUAUCAUCCGAGGUGCAAAUAAAAAAGAAGAAACCGGAGCGUAAAGUCGUGGAAGAGGCAGCUGAGGAAUUAACGAUUAAGAAGAUCGAGGAAGUGGAACAACCGGAAGAAGAGGAAGAAGUCCAAGAAUUCACGGUGAAGAGGAAACCUCCGAAGCUGCCUCCGAAGCCUAUCGAGGAAAUUUACGAGGAUGUCACUCUUCGAAAGUUACGCCCGAAGAAGAAACCAAGGCCAGACAUCAAAGAGGUGACGGAAGUAGAGAACGUAACGUUCAGACCACGCUCUACGAAGACCAAGGAAGACGUGGAACAAGAAUUCAAGAUUUCUUUGAACACGUACGAAGAAGAGGACAUUUCUAUGUCCGGUAAAGUCAAACUGAAGUCGAAGAAACGACCGAUGACGUACUCUGAAGAGACUGGAGAAGAAACUAUUCGCAUCAUGCAAGAAGUCGAGGAUGACUCUGGGCCAAUCAUAGAAGAGAUCAUAGAAUCAGACGAGGAGGCUAGAGACGAGUACAGCGUAGAAGAGUUAGAAACUGACGAGAUGCGGCUGCCACUGAGGAGAAGAAAGAAAAAAGAGCCGAAGCCGUACAAGGUGGAAGAUAUCGAGGAAGGUGACGUGAAAUUGAAACUGAAACGCGAGAGGAAAUACUCUGUGGAGGAAGCUGACGAAUCGUUGGCGCUGAAGUUGAAGAGCAGGAAAUCAAUUUCCACGUUCGAAGAAGAAGAAAUCGAGUACGCUGUCCGCGAUGGCGACACAAUGUUCUCGAUUUGUUCAUACGUGGCAGAAACUGACGAAGCUAUCAACCUCGUCGAAGGAGAAAGAGUUUACGUCAUCGACCAUGCAAAUCCAGAUUGGUGGUUCGUAAAGAAACACUUGACAGAAGAGAAGGGCUGGGUUCCAGCGCAAUAUCUUCUCAACGAAAUACACUAUACCCUAUACCUGCAGCGCAAAUUGCACGAGAAAAUCGACAAGUUGCCAAUAUUUGAAAAGCCAGCGCCCGGUGAGAAAACAUCAGCACCGAGGUUCGUCGAAAAGUUGCAGCCGAUUCACACACCGGAUGGUUACACGAUUCAAUUCGAGUGUCAAGUGGAAGGUUUACCAAGGCCACAGAUAACUUGGUUCCGACAGACAGCCAUCAUCAAACCAUCACCUGAUUUCCAAAUGUACUACGACGACGACAACGUAGCAACUUUGAUCAUAAGGGAAGUGUUCCCUGAAGAUGCUGGCACCUUUACCUGCGUCGCCAAGAAUGCUGCUGGUUUCGCUUCCAGCACUACGGAAUUAAUCGUGGAAGCGCCUCUUUCUGAUCAUGGAUCGGACUUGACUGGUCCAUCCAGAAAGAGUCUCUCAAGAGAAUCGUCUCUCGCCGACAUCCUGGAAGGAAUACCGCCAACGUUCUCACGGAAACCAAAGGCGAAAUACGUCAACGAGGGUGAAGAUGUGAUAUUGGAGUGUCGAUUGGUGGCAGUACCAGAACCAGAGAUAACAUGGUACUACAAGGAUACGCAGAUUACAACCAAAGAGAACAUCGAGGUUGUCACUGAGAGCGAUAUGCACAUGUACUGCAGCGUAAUUAAGAUCACUAAAGUGCAGAAGAAGCAGGAAGGAAAGUACACUAUCGUUGCUAGAAACAGGGAAGGUGAAGCUACUAUAGAGAUUCCUAUGAAGGUGAAGACUGGCAAACACGAACCGCCGGAAAUUCUAGAGCCAUUACAGUCGUACGUGGUACGAGAAGGAGAAACCGUGGUAUUGUCGACUCAAAUCGUCGGGAACCCAGCUCCCAAAGUAACUUGGUACAAGAAUGGCAAACCAUUGAAAGGCUUGACUCCGAAACAAGAGGGUCACGUGAAUACGCUCACACUGAUUCAACCUCAAGUAUCUGACACUGGGGAAUAUUCUGUGAUAGCUACCAACGAUCUUGGCACAGCCGAAACGAAAGCCACAUUGACAGUUGAAAAAAUACCCAGCGGGGCUCCAGAACCGCCACUCUUUACGGAACGGUUCCAAGAACUCACUGUUCCACAGAAAGGCACCUUUAAAUUGGUGGCGAAGGUUACUGGAAACCCUGUUCCAGAAGUCACGUGGUUAAGAAACAACAAACCCUUGGAGAAAUCACCGAAUAUCACGGAAACCUAUGAUGGCGAGAACAUCGUGUUGGAGAUCAGAAACGCGGAUUCGGAGGUAGACGCGGGCGAUUACAAAUGCAUCGCGAGUAAUCCAGUUGGAAAAGCGUCGCACGGUGCCAAAGUCACGGUGGACGUCGAGAAAGUAACAUUCACGAAGACUCUGGAGAAGGAAGUCAUCGUCGAUGAGUACAAGACUUUGGAAUUGACCUGCGAGACAUCGCACACGGUCUCGACGAAAUGGUGGCACAACGACAAGGAGAUCAGUGGCAUGGAUCAUCGCGAGAUCAUUCACGAAGGACGGGUGCACAAGUUAGUGAUCAAGAAAACCAGUCCCACGGACGAAGGGACUUACGAGUGCACUGUGAAAAAUCAAUCGACAUCGAGCAAAGUCACUGUAAGAGCCACCAAACCAGAGUUCGUGAAAAAGUUACAAGAUUGCGAAGUAAAGGAGCGUGACGUCGCCAUUCUCGAAGUUGAAAUUACUUCUCAGACAGCGGAUGUUAAAUGGUUCAAGGAUGGCGAACCUUUGGGACCGAGUAAAGAGAAAUUGGAAUUUGUUAAAGAUGGAACCGUUAGAAAAUUACUCGUUAGAAGUACAUCCGUCCACGACGAAGGUGAAUACACGUGCAGCCUUAUAGAUCAGAAAUGCACAGCGGAAGUCACUGUCAUCGAACUACCACCGGAAAUCAUUACAAAGAUGCAAGACGUGACAAUAGCAAGAGGCGAGAGAGCAACGUUCGAAAUAGAACUAACGAAAGGAGACGCGUUGAUCCGAUGGUUCAAAGAUGGACAAGAGUUACAAUUUUCGGAACACAUCCGGUUGUCGAUCGAUGGCAAGAGGCAGAGGCUGAAGAUCUACGAUACGGAGCCGGAAGACGCCGGUGUUUAUUCCUGCGAAGUCGGUGAACAAAAAUCGUCGGCUAAAUUGACCGUGGAAGAACCUGGCGUGGACUUUGUCACUAGAUUACCAGACGUCACUCUUGUGCCAUUGAAUUCCGAUGCCGUUUUCAUUAUUGAAAUAUCACGCGAUGUUCCAGUUGUAUGGAUGAGGAAAACGGAGGUCAUCGAGGAAUCAUCGAAGUAUAGCAUCAUCGACGAGGGCACCGUGAAGAAACUGAUCGUGAAGAAAUGUACCACUAAGGAUAUCUCGGAAUAUUCAGCCACAGUGACGAAUGUAAAAACUUCGUCGAGAUUAAGAGUCGAAGUCAUCGAAACGGCACCAAAGAUUAGUCCAGACACGCCUAAGAAGUACAAAGUAAGAAAGGGCGAGGACGUCGAAAUAGUCGUGAAAUUUAACGCGACACCAAAGCCGAGCGACGAAUGGACCGUGAAUGGAAAUGUGAUUACAAAAUCGAAACGAGUUGUAUCGUCGAUCGAUGAAGAAUCCGCGGUAUUAACUAUCAAAAAGAUUCAAGAGGAAGACGUUGGUGAUUACAAUCUGAAACUGGUGAACAACGUGGGAGAAGCUACUAUCGAGAUCAACGUCGUUAUCGUCCAGGUACCAAGCGCACCCGGAGCACCAGAACCAUUGGAAGUAACCGAGGACAGUGUUACGCUUCAUUGGAAAAAGCCAGAUUCAGAUGGAAACUCGCCUAUCGUUGAGUACAUUCUGGAGUAUCAAGAAAAGACUGAAACUACAUGGACCAAGGUUACAGAAACGAUAAUAGAAACAACACAUAAAGUAAGGAAAUUAACUACGAACAAAGAGUACACCUUCCGAGUAACAGCUGCAAACGAAGCUGGACCAGGCGAAACGUCACCAACUUCUCCAUACAUAAAGAUAACAAAACCAUCGGCUGCAGAACCACCUGUUGUCUUAGAACCUCUGAAGAGUGUCAUCAUUGGUCUUGGAGAAAUCGUCACUCUAUCUUGCGUCAUUGGAGGAACACCGACGCCGGACAUUACUUGGUUGAGAAAUGGCGGAACUUUCGAGGACAGCAGCAUCACGUACGAAAAUCGCGUGGCGAAAUACACCAUCACGCAGACAACGGAAACGUCAUCGGCGACGUUCACAGUGCAAGAGGCGCCUAAGAUCACCUACGACGAAACUCUGGCAAAUCAGAAUCUUCCAGUGAAUAGCCAAUGGAAGAUCGAGAUUCAGACGAGCGGCUUCCCGAAACCGGAAGUGACAUGGUCGAAGAACAACAAGAAGAUAGUCGACAAACGUGUAUCCAUUGAAACGAAAGAGAAGACCUCUACGAUUUCUAUUUCUUCGCUCGUUAGAGAAGACACUGCUACUUAUACAGCUAAGGCAGCGAAUCAAGCAGGCAGCUCUUCGGUUGACUUACAUCUCAGAGUUAUAGAUAAACCAAGCAAGCCGCAAGGACCAGUUAUCUUCAAGGAGAUCAGGCAAGAUCGCGUCACCAUUGAAUGGCGGCCACCGGAAGACGACGGUGGAAUCGAAUUGGAAAAAUACACGAUCGAGAAGUACGAACCGAGCAAGAUUUGGGUGAAAGUAGUCGAUAUCGACAAAGAAGUGGAAAGCUUCUGCAUACACAAAUUGCAACAGAAUGCCGAAUACAAGUUCAGGAUCAUCGCCAGAAACGCUGUUGGAGCAUCAGAACCAUUGGAAUCAGACACAGUCAAGAUGAGAACUUCCUUCGAGCCACCUGGACCACCAAGAGGACCACUGGAAGUAUCAGGAAUGACGAAGACAUCCUUCACGAUAAAAUGGCAGCCUCCGGAGAACGAUGGCGGAACACCGAUAACAGAAUAUAUCGUUGAAAUGAAGGAAGAAUCGAAGAAGGCUUGGCAGAAGAUCGGCAGCACAAAGCACGAAACGACACACUUCAGCGUAUCAGAUUUGAAAACAGAUGUACCAUAUAACUUCAGGAUAACAGCUAAGAACAAUGUUGGCACUGGUCCGCCAUACGUUGCCGAAGAACCAAUCGCAGCAGGCAGACGAAUCACACCACCAUCGAGUCCGCAAAAUGUUCAAGUGACGAAUGUCACUAGCAAAAGCGUCACGCUCAGUUGGUCUCCACCAGCCAGCAAUGGAGGCACAGAGCUCACAGGAUACGUGAUCGAGAAGAGGCCAUUAAUUGGAAAAGGAGCAAGAUGGACAAAAGUCGUCACUCUGGACCCUACUACUCUUCAAUAUUGCAUAGAAAAUCUGAAAGAGAGCGAAUUCAUCUUCAGGAUCUUCGCGGAGAACAACAUGGGGCUCAGUUUACCUACGAAUUCACCGCCAGUAACCUUAAUGACACAUGCCAACGUGCCGUCACCGCCAACAGCGCCGUUAGAAAUCAGGCAGAUCGCGGCGAACACAGUUGUGAUCUCGUGGGGCAGACCGGAAUCGGAUGGCGGUGCGCCGUUGGAAGGUUACAGAAUUGCUAUGAGGGACACGAAGAAGACUAUGUGGAUGGAAGUAGCCAGAGUGAAUGCCGAAACGCAGAAACUGAAUAUCAGGGAUUUGCAGGAGAACCACGAGUAUCUGGUCAGGAUCUUCGCCAGGAACGAAGUCGGCCUCAGCGAUCCUUUGGAGUCUGACGAACCGGUCAAGAUCAUACCAGCUUCCGAAUUAGCCGUAGUGGAGCCAAUAGCAGAAGCCACCGAGAAGGGUGAAACCGCAUCGAUGAGCUUCAGCACGGAGAACACGAGUUCUUGGCUACGCGAGCACAACAUGGAUGCCGACAUCCAUUCGUACGCGAGAGCAAGACUUCUUAGACAAGACGAAUACUUCUUCCGCAUUUGGCAUUACGCUAAGAAAAUGUUCAAAUAAGCAUUUCUACGAUUUAUUGGCUGAAGAAAAGCGAAGAUACUUUCGUUCUUUAUCUUAGCGAGGACCAGAACAAUUUAACGCGUUAGUAAGACAAGGAAAAAGAAAGAGAGAUGAAAACAAUAUUUUAAAAAAAACAUCUUUGGUACUUAAUUUCAUAUCAAGAUUUUAUUCUAAUUUUUUAACGAAAUUUUUUUUUUUAUGUAUAUAAUACUUCGGACGAUUUAGAUAAUCAUUCUUUUCUUCUUCCAAUUUUUUUUUUUUUUUUUCAUU